AUCUGUUUCGUCAUUGUACCCGCCGAUAGACUGCGAGCCCGUCGGAGGUUUGGAGCUUGUGGCGUCGCCGUCCAAGUCCGAUACGAGGCUGUGCCCCCACUCAGCAAUCGAUAUUAUACGGAUGCAGUCUCUCAGACAUUAUGGCAUUGUCAAUAACAAAACCUUGUGUAUACCAAUUCUGAUGAUCAUGGCUAACCCUACCGUCUUACUGGAACUUGCAUCCACCAUCUCCAACGCCGCGCUGACCAUCACCCGGCACAGCCUCGACACAUCUACUCCACCUCCGUCGUUUAUUCCCCUGCCUCCUGGAAAUGGAGCCGCAAACGGUAAUGGGGCUAUACAGAAACAGCCCACCAGCGAGGCUGCCCAGAAGGAGACGCUCGACGCAGCGGCCUCCCUCAUCCAAGCAGCAACAGACCUGCAGAUCCUGGUUUCUGGUCCGGAGAAUUAUCUCAAGAGUUUAUCCUAUGGCUACCACGACAUCACCGCCCUAGCCGUCGUGAUAGAAUUCAACCUGGCCCAGCACGUCCCCCUUGACAGCGAAAUCUCCUUCAAGGAACUUUCCCUUGUCAGCGGAGCCCCCCUCGGCCGCCUCGAGCGCAUCCUGCGCCUCCUCUUCGUGCGCCGAAUCUUCCACGAGCCCCGCCCGGGGUACAUCGCGCACACAACGGCCUCCGAACGCCUCGUCACAAACCCCGAGCUGACCGCGUUCCUGGGCCACUGCACGCACGAGGCGUUCCCCGCCGCAUCGAGACUCGUCGACUCGCUGCGCAAGUACCCGAAUACCGAAGAGCCCAGCCAGGCUGGAUUCAAUGUCGCCUUUGGCACGGAGGAUCCGCUGUUUACGUUUUUGGCGAAGAAUCCUGACCGGUUCGAGAGGUUUAAUCAGGGGAUGGCGGGGUUGAGUAAGAGUGGAGGGCGCUCGGUGAAACAGGUUGUCGCGGGGUUUCCGUGGGGUGAGCUGGGCGAGGCGACGGUUGUUGAUGUCGGAGGCGGCAACGGCCACGUCUCAAUCGCCCUCGCCGAGGCAUACCCCAGCCUCUCAUUCAUAGUGCAGGAUCUCGAGGGCGCAAUAACCUCCGGGGCAGCCUCACUCCCCGCAUCCCUGCAAGACCGGAUUACCUUCGAAGUCCACGACAUGUUCACCUCGCAAACCCACCAGGGGAUCGACAUCUUCUAUCUCCGGCACAUUCUCCACGACUGGCCCGACGACUGGGCCGUCAAGAUAUUGAAGAAUCUAGUCCCUGCGCUCAAGCCCUCGUCACGGAUCAUCAUUUCCGACUCGGUGAUCCCGCCUCCGGACCAGCUACAUGGGCUGCAUGAGCGGUUCGUGCGGUACCUGGAUUUGCAGAUGAUGGUGCUGCAUAAUGCGCGGGAGCGGACGGAGGGGGAUUUUGCGGAGCUGUUGAGGAGGGCGGAUGAGAGGUUACGCAUCAAGAAGGUUUGGAGAGGCGGGCAUGAUGCGGCGGCUGGGACGAUUGUUGAGGCGGUUCUUGUGCAGUAGACAAGUCUUUUGCUCGGGC